AUGUAUGCAUCAUGCGGCAGCGUACGCACGCUUGGAUCUGGAUCUUGCGGAGAUCUUUCGCAUCUAUCCUAUCUAAAAAUCAUUGUAUGGUUUCUGGACAAUCUUGCAAAUCAUCGUGACUUUGCUUAUCAUCAAAGAUCGCUUUUCGUCAAAAUGCUGUUUUUAAGUAAAUAUUAGUAAAGUAAUGAAAAAAAUUUAAUGGCGCGUUUGACAUAUUUCCACUGGGGAUUGCAUGAACAGAACCUAAUGAUAUCAGAAUAGAAAAAAUUCUACUAUCCAGACAGUGGACAAAAGUAGCCCGCGGUGUACAGUAGCAACUCGUCAGAACUCCAACAUUAUAGUGCUUGCAUAAUUUUAUUUUUUAUUGAUUUUUCCAUCUUCGAUCGGACGUUAUUUGUUUUUUCUCAAUUAUCAAAAAAAAUGGGCGAUGUUAAAUUUUCAUUCCAAUUGCUUGAUAAAGGCAAUCCUGUCUUUAGUGCAUUUAUCAUGUGGGCCAGUGUACUGACCAUAAAAUUUCUUCUAAUGUCCACUUUGACUGCGAUUCAUCGAUACAGAUCAAAGACAGCAGCCAGCCCUGAGGAUAUGGCUAUGAUGCGAGUUACUGAACUCACUACAAAUGAGGAAGUCGAUCGCGUUAAAAGAGCUCAUCUCAACGACAUGGAAAAUAUUCUACCAUUUUUGUCUGUUGGUCUAUUUUACGUGCUAACUGAUCCCAGUGCAAUGGUUGCCAUUUGGCUGUUUCGUGUGACGACAGUGGCUCGUUUCGUGCAUACAUUCGUCUAUGCAAUUUACGUUGUUCCACAACCAGCUCGUGCCAUUUGCUUUUUCACGCACUUUGGAAUCACCUUCUACAUGGCAUUCAUGUCCAUUUUAUACUUCAUUUAAGGAAAUACGUUGAUGAAUUCAAAUUGAAACGGACACAGCAAAUGCUAUUAAUCGCUAUUAACUAAAUGCACAAAACAAAGCAUAUAAUAACAACACAAUCAGUUACUAUACAAUAUAUCGUGAUAUUUUCAUUUUUAACCCAUAA